GAAAUAUGGCGGCUGAUCCAACGUGUCUGUGUUGUUAUUAAUAUUUGAAACGGAAAAUUCUAAACAUUUAUGAAUAAUUUUCGACAAUGGCUACGGAAAAUCAAUACUUAUUCAUUACGGAUCUUCCAGAAGAAAUACUGGAGAUUAUCCUUGCCAAAUUAUCCCCUUAUCGGGAUUUGAAAUCCGCCAAACUUGUUUGUAAACAGUGGCAUCGACUCGUGACAGGUGUCACUCAGAAGCUGUAUGAGAACUUCCAGCAGUGCAUCAAGACGUCUAGUGUUGCAUGGACUCCCUUCCAGGCCGAGGCAGGUCCCACCAUCACGGAGCGCUACUCCCACUGCGCCUGCUACUAUGACAAGUCUCUGUAUGUGUUUGGGGGCUGCACUUCCACCAACACUACCUUCAAUGAUCUGUGGAGGUUUGACUUGGCAACCAGACAGUGGAUAAGACCUCUGGCAAUGGGAACCUACCCAUCCCCUAAGGCGUGUGCCUCCAUGGUAGUAUACAAGGACAACCUGGUUCUGUUUGGGGGCUGGAGUCACCCAACACCCUACCCACUUCACCAGGCUGCCAGGUUCUUCUCGGAGUUGCAUAUGUACAACCCAGUAAGCAAUCGCUGGUGUCAUGUGACCAGCCUGUCUCGUCCAUUACCUAAACCCAUCGCCGGACAUUCAGCAUCCGUCGUGAAGGAUGUCAUGAUAGUAUUUGGUGGAUCUCAUGUGCCAGGAGUAGGGAGUAACGAUGUUUGGGUGUUUGAUUUUAUGGAAUCAGUCUGGAUAAAACACCCCACCUCUAAUCUCAAACCUAACCCUCGAUACGGACAGUCUCAGGUGACGGUCAACGAGAACUGUCUCCUGAUCCUGGGGGGCUGUGGGGGUCCCAACCAGAUAUUCAAUGAUAUCUGGCUGUUGGACCUGAAUGCAGCUCCAUGGGAGUGGCACGAGAUCUCCGUGAAGAACCCUGAGUCUGCCGCACCUCAGCUGUGGUGUCACCCAGCCUGCAAGGUCGAUGACGUCAUGGUUAUUCUGAGUAAGCCAGUGAAAUCAAACCAGCCACCACCAGUUGUGGCCCCCCGAGCACCAGUUCAAACCAGCCGUGUGUGGGUCCCUCCACGUGGGGAGGUGCAGCCGGGACCCAUGAGAGGCCCAUCAUCCCCGCCGGUAGCAAAGAGGCCAUUCCCCGAUACAGAUGACAGCUCCAGUGCUGAGAGUUCAAACGAGGACUCCGGUAGAAUUCAGUCACAGGAGAUGAAGGUGCUGCCCCCUGGUGACCAGGGAUUCGAUUCAAGGAAAGAUAAUGACAGUAGUGAUUCAGGUACCGAGUCCAACUAUGGCGGGACAGCCAGUGUCCGUCCCGGCUUCCCGUCCGUCCGUCCCAACGCCAUGAGGAACAGGCAGAGACAGUUAGACACAUUACGGAAGUAUGAGGAACGCUUAAGAAGUGUUCAGGGCGUAGGUGGAGUGGGGAACGGCGCUGGUGGCACCGACAGUUGGACUAAGCCAGCUCAGCAAGGACCUGCGAGGGAGCCCCGAUCUGCGAUGUGUCUGCAUCUCUUAGAUAUCUGUGAUAUAGAUAGGAAGCUGGAAGCAUCGUGGUCCAUUCCAAAUGAGAAGACAUCCUGUGAUACCCCUGAGGAGACGAUAUUUUACACGUUAGUCGAAGGUCGAGGAGAACUAGUCCUGUUUGGAGGAAUACAGCGGGACAUCAAUUCGAUGCAGCGAGGAAUUGAUGUCAACUUGAAGUCCCAUGUUGUCAGUAACAAUUUAUACAUCAUUGGCUCCAAGAAACAGACUCUCUAGGAAAGGAUGUGAUAUGUUCUACAAUGUUCUAUGGAAACUUAAUCAAAGUAUCUAAUUAGUCACAUUGUCUCCUGGGCCAUCUUGCACUGAACCAUCUUAACCCUAAGACUCUGUCUCUUAUAUAUUUUAACAUACCCUGAGACUAAUGUACAGUCGGACCUCAUUGUGUCGAAUUUGGAUGUGUUGAUUUCUCGGUUUUCUCAAACCCACUUUCCGUUCCCUGCAAAAUCUUUCUUUAUUUGUCAUCCUUUAUACUCAGAUUUGUCAAACUGGAUGUGUCGAAUUCCCGGUUGUCUCAAACCCAUGUAUCCCAAAUAAGCAUAAAGUACCUCUGAUGACUCACUUCACACAAAAUUGAACAAAGAUGUCGAGAUUACAUGUAGUAAUGUCUCAUAGCAUGAUGUUUGGUUCACGGAAAUUCACUUUGUUGGAGUCUCAAACCAAGGUUGACUCAUUUUUUCAAGGUCCUCAUGAGUUUGACACAACGAGGUUCAACUGUAGCUCUAUUGUAUACUUUAACAUAGACACCUAAGAUUAUUGUAAACUCGUUUUCUUUCACAGAGACUCACAACAGUUGUAGCCCAAAGACUUGUAACUCCUACACUUUAACAUUGACUUACAGCAAUGGUAGCCUUAAGAUUGUUGGCCAUUAGUGUUAAGAUUGCUGGCAUGUUAGCGCUGAGAUUGCUGGCAUGUUAGUGCUAAGAUUGCUGGUGUGUUAGCACUAAGAUUGCUGGCUUGUUAGUGCUAAGAUUGCUGGCGUGUUAGCGCCGAGAUUGCUGGCGUGUUAGCGCUGAGAUGGCUGGCGUGUUAGCGCUGAGAUUGCUGGCGUGUUAGCGAUGAGAUUGCUGGCGUGUUAGCGCUGAGAUUGCUGGUGUGUUAGCACUAAGAUUGCUGGUGUGUUAGCACUUAAGAUUGCCAGUGCAAGUGGGUCAUGACCAUUAAGUAGUCAAAUAUGUAUGAUCUCUACUGUGAUGUGCAAUGAGCCGUCAUUAAAUCUGUUGCCAGGGUAA